UUUGAUCUUUGCUGUUUUCUUUCAAUUAUUUGUUGUUGUUUUUUUUUUUUUUUGGUUCUUAUUUAAAAAGCUCAUGUUUUUAUUAGCUCAGAUCUUCAACGUUCUGGCUGUUGAAAACGGAGAUUUUUUAAAUAUGAUCUUUAUUUUUGGGUUUUAGUGAAAACGUGAACUUCCCAAAUAUAGAAAAAGUAAAGACCUUCCAUUUCUAUGGGAUUUUGUUUGUUUUGCUUUCAUUGAAGUAUAGUCGUAAAGUACCAUCCAUUUUUUUUUUUGGGAACAAUUUUUUUUGAACUGUUUGAUCCCAUUUUUAAUGGGGACUAACAUGAACUUCAAGAACUUUGGUAAUAAACCGCCGGGGAAUUAUCCGUUAAGUAGACAGCCAUCAAUCUAUUCUCUAACCUUUGAUGAGUUUCAAAGCACUAUGGGUGGAAUAGGCAAAGAUUUUGGGUCAAUGAACAUGGAUGAGUUGUUGAAGAGCAUUUGGAAUGCUGAAGAAACUCAAACAAUGGCUUCUUCCACUGGUGGCCUGGAGGGAAUUGGAGGGUUACAAAGGCAAGGGUCUUUGACUUUGCCAAGGACGCUUAGCCAGAAAACUGUUGAUGAAGUUUGGAAAGAUAUUUCAAAGGAGCAUUCUAUAGGGAAAGACGGGAUUGGAACUGGAGCGACUAAUAAUAUGCCACAAAGGCAGCAGACUUUAGGGGAGAUGACUUUAGAGGAGUUUUUGGUGAGGGCUGGUGUGGUAAGAGAGGAUACCCAAUUGGCUGGGAAGGUUAAUAAUGUUAAUGGGGGGUUCUUUGGGGAAUUACAGCAACCUGGGAAUAAUACUGGGUUUGGAAUUGGGUUUCAACAACCUGAUAGAGGUUCAAAUUUGAUGGGGAAUAGGAUUUCUGAAGGUGGUAAUCAAAUUGUUAUUCAGGCUUCCAAUUUGCCUUUGAACGUUAAUGGAGUUAGAUCAAACCAGCACCAGUUAGCUCAGCAGCAAACUCAACAGCAACAGCAGCACCAGCAACCAAUUUUUCCUAAGCAACCUGCUGUGGAAUAUGGAGCUCGUAUACCUUUGCAAAGUGGUGGUCAGCUGGGGAGUCCUGGAAUUAAGGGUGGAAUUCCUGGGAUUGGGGAUCAGGGACUGAUUAAUGGUCUUAUUCAGGGUGGUGCACUGCAAGGUGGAGGAAUGGGAAUGGUUGGUUUAGGAGGGCCUGUUGGUGUUGCGACUGGAUCACCUGCUAACCAGCUUUCAUCAGAUGGGGUUGCGAAGAGUAGUGCAGAUACUUCCUCAGUUUCGCCAGUUGCUUAUGUGUUUAAUGGAAGUUUGAGGGGUAGGAAAUGCGCUGCGGAAAAGGUUGCUGAGAGGAGGCAGAGAAGAAUGAUAAAGAACAGAGAAUCAGCUGCAAGAUCACGAGCUCGCAAGCAGGCUUAUACAACGGAAUUGGAAGCAGAAGUUGCAAAGCUAAAAGAGGAGAACCAAGUAUUGCAGAAGAAACAUGCAGAAAUCAUGGAAAUGCAGAAAAAGCAGGUGCCGAGAAGUUUUCUUUGCCAUUUCUAUUUUUAUUCGCUAACAACUUCUUUGAUGCCUUCCUCAAAUAUCAUGAAGCAUCAUCCGUAUGCAUGCACCCUAUAGGAAUUAGGAGUUGUGUCCUCAUUUCUAAAAAUCCCAGAGUUUUUCAGUUGAGUUCAUUAUAUAUCCAUCCAUCCAUCCGAGUGUUACUGUCGUUUCACUUGAUCAUUAUCUUAUGGGUCUCAUACAAAAUCAUACCAUUUUAUCAUGGAUUCCUUUAAGAACCCUCAAUGUAUGAUUUGCCAUUCGCAUGAAUGUUCGGAUUUGUUGCUUAAUUGAACAGUAUAUGAACGUUUAGUGUUCUUGGUUACAUUUUUUCCCCUUUGCACCUUUGUCCAUGAUGUUUUCCCAUGCCUAAGAGGACACAUUCAGAACGCUUUUUUAAUCUAGUUAGUUAUCAUGCAUGAAAAGUUUAAUGAGAAGGUUCCAAGUCCAUUUUUGGAGCUCAUUUUAACUUUGACAUGGUUAAUUUGGGUCUGACGAGGAUAAGUAAGAAGAGCUCAGAAUGAGUCUCAAAUCUACAUUCUCUUUACUCUGUAGUAGACUGAAUUUCGAGGUCCUUGGUUCACUUUUUCAAGAAUUCUUAGGUGCACAAUCCUAUCAGAUUAGAAUAUUAAAAGAAAUUUACACACACAUCAGCUGUAAACUCCAGUUUUCCCCUAUUAGCAAUCAUAAUAGACUUAAAUUAUAAGUCUCAAUUUGUUGUUCGAAUUGGU